AUGUGUACUCACGCUCCAACUAAACGCUGUAGGAUACGACAUAAGAAAUGUGACGAGACGCAUCCCGCUUGUCUCAGACGUACGAGCACAGGCAGGGAAUGUGAUGGUUAUGAACAAGCCGUCGAUAAGAGGACGCGCGAGUGGAGUGACUCCAAAGCCAGAGACUCUGCCAAUAAUCAGAACGAUGUAGCUCUGCAAAUCCGAUAUCGCUCGAAAGUUCGGUCAUCGGUUACUGCUGUUCCUCUGCCUUUGGCCAGUGCCUGCCAGAUCGACCUUAACUGGAACGAGCGAUGGCAUCUGGAUUUCUACCACAAUCGCACAGCGGUACGAUUUUCGCAUUACUUCCAAAACUCAUUCUGGUACGGAUUGAUUUUCCAACUGUGCGAAAAUUACCCUGCUGUACGUCAUGCUACGAUUGUUAUAAGUGCAUGGCAUACCCAGUUGGAACGAAUUUCAACGAGCCAUAUAGAAGAUCGGGAUCCCGUUCUGGCUCUUCAUCAUUCUACAAAAGCCAUGGCUUGCCUCCGAGAAAGUCUCGCUCGGGAAAUUCUAACUCCGCACAGCUCAAACCGCACCCACAAGCAAGUAGUGCUAGUCACAUGUUUGAUUUUUACCCUGCUUGCUCUAUUCCAGGGAGAUCUCUAUUCUGCUCGCUACCACCUUACCUCCGGUUAUAAACUUCUGAAAGAAUGGGAUGUUCAGGAAGAUAAAGGUGCUACUGGCCUGGCCCUGAGACAGGGUUUUGCCCAGAUGCACAUCCAUUGGUUCUUCUGCUCUAAUUCCGAGUUAUUUGUCGAGGAUGCCGAACUACUCCAUGGCGAGUGUCGGAUAUCCCAGAACUCUACAGCCGCUCUAUCGAAGGUUAACCCGCAUCUCUAUUCUGGUAUUGAUCAGAUGGAUUUUGUCCAAGAAUUUUCAACCCUCGUCUCGGGUUCGGUACUAAAUUGCACUACCUGCGGGUUUGAUAUUGGACCAACAAGCUCCACCGGCGGCGGCGCGACAGUAGUCUCGACCAAGCUUCGGCUCUGUACAAGUCGUCUCAUGGCCGUCCUCGUCGAAUUGGAUGGUCUCGCACCAGUUGACUGCGAUUCACUUGAAGUCUUCUCAUUGUGGAUCGAUAUCAUCGAGAUCAAGCUGGCUGUCGCGGAAAGCCCAAAGCCAGAUGAGAUGGCUUACGAUGCUCACCUGGAGCAGUUCCAGCAUAUCACAAAACUUGUACAAAUUCUAGUAGGCUCGGAUUCGGGCUCAAGUGAUAUCGAAUCUUCGCCGUUCAAUUGCAGGUACUCUAUUUUGCCCGCGCUCUUGUGGUCUGCGGCCAAAUGUCGCGAUUGGCAGGUUCGUCGUGACAUGUGUUCUAUAAUGCACAAGCGAACAGGGGAUGACUACAGAGUCAACUAG